UCCUUCCUCAUUCUAGGACUCUUGUCCCUUAUCCGCUUAUCUCGGAUUCUGAUAUCUUCAGAGAUAACCUCGGUCUAGCCGAAAUCACUUCGGCGUCACGACCAGGACACGUGGCAUAUCGGUUGAUACGUUGGCUUCACCUUGGCCAUGUGCUGGUACUCAGAAAAUAUAUCCCUACAACUGCCCCCUAGGUUCUAUUACCUCGGGAUCCUGAGGUGAAGGAACUUAUAUCCUUCAUGUCGGCUAUCUUGUUGUAUCAUAAAUUUACCGAGGUCAUAAUACACCGGCUCCUCACAACCAAGUCCUGUAGUCUGUCUCAUCAAGGCUACAGAAUUUUUAACCAAGUUUAUUCGAGUUAUUUAGCCGAUAUCUUCCUACUAGCUGAGGUCAUUGCUUUAUUUAGCCAAGAACUCUAAGAGUUCUAUCACGCGCAUGAGCUGUCACAAACAACAUUCCAACUGUUUUUGCCAUGCGCUUCUACCCCAUUGGACCGUGUUUAAUACGCGCCAUAAAAUCGCCUCGUGCCUGCGUGCGCCGUCUGUCGGAUACGUCGUUCCAGGCACAUUUAAUUGCAUUUUGCCCCCUCUUCAAGUUUUUGACAAAACUCUUUACCUCUCUCCUCGUCUUUUCACUUAUCAUCGUCUUUGUUCAAACUCUCUCUCUCUCUCUCUCUCUCUCGCUUUAUUAAAUCCUUCAUUGUUCCAAGCUUUCAAGCUCUGCUACCACCGCCAUUCACCUCAUUCGGGGAGGCUCUUGCUAGUCUUUUCCACUGCUUUCGCUCGUCUGACUUCAGCGAACUCAACAUCGGCUUCUUUUCUUCGGUGAGUUACUGUUUCUUCCCGAUUUAACUUCUUGUUUUAGUUUUUUUUCGCUUUACUGAACUCCACUGCUCUGCCUCUACAAUCUUGCUCAUAUCUUUGAUAUUUCAACUUGUAUCUUGUUUUCCACCACAUGUUUGUCUCAUGAUUCUGUUUUUGCCACAUAUGUUUCUUGAAUUCACACUGUUCACACACUUGUUGAUUUUUGCCGUUGUUCUUGGCUUGACACACCUACGUAAACUUUUGUCUUGUGUUUCUUGAUGAUUCAUCACUGUUCUUGACUUUGAAUUACAUGCCUGUUUUCUGUUUCCUUUCCAGAUUCGUGCCUUCAAUCUUCGUUUCUAUAGAUCUAGGUUUGGGAUUUGCUCGUAGAACCCACAAAUUUUAGGAAAAACUGAAACGAUCUCCACAAAUUCUUACCCCAGCUCACAUUUAGGUUUUAACCGAGGUCUUUAAAAACCAUUACAAAACACUUUCUUCCGAAAUCCUACACCUUUUCCUCAAGCCGACAACAUGGGUAUGUGGAAGCAUAGGGUAGAUACCCCGACCAAGUUAGAACACUUUAGGCAGGAGUUCGACAUCCCAGCCAACAUUCAUCUGAGGUUGGCUGGGGAGGAUGACUCCAUCAUGCCCGAUGUGAACCUCAUGUCUUUUCCAGUAGUGGGCUUUAUCGAGUGUGGACUUAGGUUUCCACAUGACACCUUUUUUCGAGAAGUCCUUCAUUACUAUAAAUUGAACCCAAUGCAACUUGCCAUCAAUUCUUACCGAGUUAUUAACGGUACAAUAGCCUUAGCCAAACAAGAGAAUGCUAGGGUUACUCUUGCCGAUUUCCAGUACUAUUACACUAUAUGUCGCCUGAAAUCGGAAAAAGGCCACAUCUAUUACCUCAAGCCGAGGUCCACUGAGUACAAGCUCAUUGCCAACCUCUCAGACUCAAACAAAGGUGCUGGAGACGAUUACUUCAUCGUCUCGGGCAAUUGGGAGUUUCAGCCCAAUGAUGACCUCCACCUUUAUUCCCUAAGCCGAACAGUUUUUGGGGAAGGAGAUGUUCUUCCUCAUCCACCAAAGGGCUUUCGCCAGUCUUUCUUCCCCAGCAAGGACUUGAAGAAGCUAUUGGAUUUGCCAGUCCACAAGCGUAGAGCUCCCCUGCUGUUCAAUUUCAUUCCUACCUACAAGUCGGUUCUUCCCGACAUUCCAAAGAAGAAAAAGAAGAGUCAAUCUCCUCCGUCUGCCACUACUCCUUCCAUUACUUUAACAUCUCGGCCAGAUCAAGGGUCAACCUCAGAUCCAACAGAGCAGCCGUCCACUUCAGCUCCACAACUGAUCCCACCAUCUCAACGCCGACGACGACGACGAAUUGUUUUUGCUGUUGAGAUGGGUCACCAGAAAGCAGUUGCUAUAGACCUCCUAGCCAGCAUCCCUGCCGACGUUGACGUUCAACCAGCAUAAACCCAGCCUCAACCAAAGCAAAAGCAAAAAAGACUCAAGAAGGCUCAGCGAAAGGCAACGGUGACUCAGAUCGAUACUGAGGACACCUUGCCAAUUUAAAUUAGCUAAGAGUGAGAAGACCUUUUCUGCUGCCGAGAAGAGGCCCGCCGAUGCCGAACCAUCUCAAUCAACUCGGUCCAAAAGGCCGAGGUCAGAGUCAGCCACAACGUCGGGCUCCAUGAAGUCUGGUGCCCCCUGGGCUCCACCCAUUACUUUGGAGGACAGGCCGGUCAAAGUCGAUGAUAGUGCCGACGACAUCAACGUCGGUGUUGCCCUUACUACAGCCUUACUCCUCCCUGGGGAUCUUGACCGCAAUGCCGAGAUGACUGAGUAUGAAAACUUUGCCUUGAUGCUGCAGCAUUCUGCUAAAGUAAGCCCCUUUAUUCGGUAAUUUUUCUUUCUUUCUCUUUUUCUUACUUAGAAAAUUUUCUAGUAACUUCUGUUCUAUCCAUUUUUCAUCAGGCAAUCCAGCACGCCCACACCUUCUCAAUGCAAUCUUUUGAGACAAGGAAGGCGUUGGCCGACAAGACUAGGGAAGUUGCUAGUCUACAGAAGUCCAGCAAAAGGGUCGAGGCAAAAAUGAAGACUUUAGAAGAUUAGGCCGAGGCUGCUAUCAAAGCUAAGGAUGACGCUGAAGAAAAAGCGGAUGCCGCUGAGGCCAUCAAGAAGGUUCUUGAGACUGAAAAGAGAGAGGCUGAGGAAAAGAUGACCCAGGCCCAGAAAGAACUUCAAGAUGCCUUGGCCACAAAAGAGGCCGAAAUCAAGGCCGCAGACGAAAAGGCAUACGCUGAGGGGGUGGCCGAUGUCACGGCGGACUAUGAGCGUCAGGUGAAGCAGGCAUGCAACAAGGGUUUCACCCUUGGUUGGAUGACUUUACUAAAAAAACUUGAAGUCCUUGAGGACUCCCCCCUCAGGAACACCGACGUCCUUGCCCUGCCAUUCCCUCCAACUCCAAGCCAAUCUGACGAUGAUUCUGAGUCUGAGGAGGAAGCUUUGGUGAGGAAGUCAAAGGAAGCAGCUGGGGUCAAGUCCCCUACUCAAAAUGAACAAGUCUUGGACUUGACUCGAGACGAGGAGGGUGAGGAGGUUCCCAAAGACGCUACUCUUGAGAAGGCAACGUUGGAAGCGUCUAUAGCUGAUAAGAGCCUUGAGCAAACCCUCCAAGAAAUAGAUGCCGAGCUUGCGGCUGAAAAGGCGGCCGACAUGUCUUCUCUGCAGUUUUCCGAGCUCCAGACCCAACUUGCUAGUGGCGCUGAAGAAUCUUAGUUUGAUGUUCUUUUUCUUUUUUCUGUUCCUUGUACUUUUUCUUUCUCGGGAACAAUGUAAGCACUUCAUGUGGCCGAUGUGCCUUCCUUUGAAUAUAAAUACAAUUGUCUCUCCUGAA